CUCGCGCAUGUAAACUAGUCAACUUUAGGAUUGCUCGUCAAAACACGAAAGUCGAAAACAACCAUUCUAUGCUUGUGUGUACCCCUAAAAGAAUAAACAUGCUAACAUUUCCGUCUAUUUUUCAGCCACAAUGUCAACAGUCUCAUACACAGGGACUGGAGCUGGUGUUUGUGUCUUGUGUGAGUGUCCCUCAUUUGACAGUAUCCUCAUCUCAUACAGUGGGUUGUUCUCCAUGUUGUAGUCUGGCUCCAGUCUAUCACCAGCUGAGCCUUGAACAUGGACACCAUAAGCAGAGUUCUCCACCACAUCACACUUUUCCUGCAGCUGUCUGUUUUUAGUAGCACCUACGAAUUUAAGAAAUGGUAUAAAGACAACGCUGUCACCAGUGUUGUUACAAUCAGGAGGAAGACCCAAAUUCCAAAAAGACCUGCUAGCUCUGACAUUGAACAGCAAAGGUCACCAUUUCGGCCGUGAUGGGUAGGUGUCACCUCUUCAUUAUUAUCUGUGA